AUGACCGUUAUUGCCCACUUAAAAAAUAUCCCGCAUUAUCCGGGCAACCCAAGGAAUAUUACACCAGUCAAAUUCCGUCCAACCGGAACUCAAUUCCUAAACCAGUAUAAAAAACCUUCAGCAGCAGAACAUCCAGCAAACCCGAUCGCAAAUGUGAUCUUUUUCCUCCCUACUUCUCCAAUUAUACAUUCCCCACUAGUAUACUUUUUUUCCGCUUGCCUAUUUCAGGUGUACGGUUCCGACAAACGGGGCGCAGGAUAUUCCCAAUGGAAAAGUCAAUCUUUAGGAAUCAAAACCAAACGAAGAAAAAGAAAAAGAACUGAUGCGGAUUUUAACACCACGAAAACUUCUGUGUCGGACUGUGGCAAUUCCCAAAAUGGUGUUGUACUUCGUUCCGCCAUUCACUUUAUUUCUACGAAACGUAAGCGACGGAAUUUUCCUUCGAAUUUUCCUUCUUAUUUCCUUUGGGGUCCUCUUAAACUUUAG